AUGGACGAGGCGCUCGCUCACGGCGUGGUGCUCGCGGACGCGCCGGGCUCACCGCCGGCGACCGGUGUCGGCGUCAACGAUCCAGGAGCGGCCGCGAGGGCUCUUCGUCGAGACGAGGACGAGGGGGAGGCUCUGGCCCGCGACCAGGUGCUCGCGAACGCGCCGCCCUCGCCGUCCGCAGCACUGGUCGCCGCGAGGAACCCAGGAGCGGCUGGGAGUCGUCGUCGUCAAAACGGCGCCGCUGCGGACGACGAGGUGCUCGCCGAGGCGCACGCGCAGGCUUCGUCGUCUGCGACCCAGAUCGUCCUCAACAGCCAAGCGGGCGCCGCGAAGACACUGGUGCAUGAGCACGACGAGGUGCUCGCCGAGGCGCACGCGCAGGCUUCGUCGUCUGCGACCCAGAUCGUCCUCAACAGCCAAGCGGGCGCCGCGAAGACACUGGUGCAUGAGCACGACGAGGCGCAGCUCACCAAGGCUGACGCGCUCGCCGAGCCAUCGGUGCUCGCCGAGGCGCACGCGCAGGCUUCGUCGUCUGCGACCCAGAUCGUCCUCAACAGCCAAGCGGGCGCCGCGAAGACACUGGUGCAUGAGCACGACGAGACGAGUUCAGAGCUGUUCGAGACGGGGUCCAAGACUGAUGAUGAGGAUGUGCUGCGCCAGUCGCGCGAUCAUUCAGUUCUGGCCCUGGCCUACUUCACCGAAGCCAAGCGGUUUGCGCCACGCUGCAUCGUGACUCCUGUCUUCCGAGGGAACGAGCUGAUGUGCCUUGCAAAGCUCGGUGAGCUUGAGAAGGAAGUCCUUCAUGAGAUUAAGCUCCCCUUCGACACAGAUGUUGCGUCCGUUGUGUUUCUUCAUGCCAAUGGGUUCACUGACCGGAUUGCUGACAUCCAGUCUGAGUUCGUGCAUGCCAGUACCAUGAUUGACCCGGACGGCCCAGCCAGGCAUAACAUCUGGUAUGAUAUUCGUCGGCGCACCCGCACCCAACACGGGAACAAACGGCGAACCAAGCACGCCAGCCACAGGCUUGAAGGGCUCGAAAAGGGCUACCAGCUCAUCCACUCGUCGCCCAAGGACAACAUUACCAAAGCAAGAGCAGAAGCUUCAGAUAAGCUACACGAGAUAAUGGGAUUUGUGUGCGAUCAGUUUGUGCCUACUAAAGUGGAGGAGAUCUUGCGUAAGGAUGUUGCUGGUGAUCUUGCUGCUGCAAGAGAGGAGGCAAAGAACUUGGCUGCAACUUAUGGCUACUGUGCCCGAGCACGCAUGCUAGAAGGUUAUGUGGAGCUAAAGCACACUACAACAGUGGGUGGACCACAGUUUAAGGCAAUGUUAAGAGAGCUGAUCCGGAUGGUCCAUGAAGCAGCUGCUGCUUUCAAAGGUUCUAUCAUCAUUGCAAAGUUCCUGGCUGAGCUCUACUCUGCACUUGACCAAGAUGAGUACGCAGCGAGCGUUCUUCGGAGAGCACUUCUUGUCCAUAACCCUGACGACCCGCAUGAACAUGAUGUGCCUGUUGGUUGCACCAAAGGGGACUGCUCUGAACAUAGGAUUGCCACUGUCCAAGACCAACAUCGUGAGAUGCUUACAAGAAUUGAAGCUAAUGCAAAAUGCCAUCCAACAGAUCUGUUAAAAAGCGAAGAAGACGUUACUGAAGUUGACAAUGGAAGUCCGGUCAACGGAAAGGGGAAGAAGAAGAAAACAGAGAAAAAGCCUGCAGUGCACCAUGCAUUUAGGUAUUCACAGAAGAAAAAGCCACCCAACUCGAGCAGAAUACCUGUGUGGGAGGACUGGCUUCGAAAGAACAGAACAACACCUACAGCCCCAUCCAUCCCUCCGAUACAUGUAAGUCGUUCCUGUCUCCAGGCAGAAUUGACAUUUGCCAAGGUUUCUUCACAAAUGGUUCAACAGGAGCUUGUGCCAGAGUAUGAGGUGAACCUGUAUGUGGAGUACUGCCAAGCACUCGCACAGUGUUCGAAGAAGAAUUUCAUCAAUAAUCACUAUCGGGACGAGCACAGCUUGAGCUUGGAACAAACUUUCAAUCGCCCUGAGAAACCCUGCAACAUCGGGCUUCGCAGCUACGGCGAGUUCCGGAGGCACCACUAUUUCGUUCAUCGCUUAACACCUGGCUGGUGGAAACCAGAGGACUAG